GACAUGGACGGCCCUAUGCAGUUGACCCGUCCAAGGCAGAUCCGCGUCCUCUUGGACGUCACCAUCCACGAGUUCCCCUGCAUCGACCUGAGUCUGGACUACCAGGAUGCCAUGGGUAACCGGCAGACGGACAUCCGGACCGGCGUCCUAAAGCAGAGGCUGAAGAAGGAUGGCACCCCCGUCGGCGAGGUUGUCAACAAUGAUCCCAAGACCGCCAAGAUCAUGGCGGCUGCGUCAAAUCCCAGUAUCCGCAACGAUACCGGCAACGUUACCUGUGGGGACUGCUAUGGCGCUUUGCCGGACGGAGAGUGCUGCAACACUUGCUCCGACGUGCUUUAUGCAUAUCGCAUGAAGCGAUGGGCACUCCCACGAAUAGAGAGUAUCAAGCAGUGCCAGCAGGAUGGCACAUCAAAGUCUUCGUACCAGCCGCCGCAGAUUGCGCGACUGCAGGACUACAAAGCUGAAGACUACUUCCACAACUUCAAGACCAUUGGUAGCAUGGCUCCGGCUGGCAGUGAGUCUGGCGUGACGGCGCCGCUGAAGUUGAACUUGAGCUUGAACCUGCAGAACAUCACCUUCAAGCCCUUAAACUUGAAGCCGCUGGCAUCGUUGCACCUGGACGAUGGCUGGGACGACUGGGGCGACGACUACGACUACGACGACUACCUCUACGGGUCCAACCGCAAAGAGAAGGAGGCAAACAGAAGCCGCUCCUGGCCAGACUGCGUUAGGCGCAACACCAUGGUGAACGGGCACGACAUCGGGGAGGCUCUGAUGGAGGACUUGACGAAGUUCGGUGCCAAGGAUGGCUGCUGGAAGGACAACUGUAGCCACACUGACAAGUUCAACAGCGACACCAUGGAACACUGUGCUCAAGUUUGCGACAAGGUUGCCCGCUGCUCCUGGUGGACUUGGGGUAUCGAGGAGUUCGCGGCGACGUGCUGGCUGCGAACGGGCAAGCGCUACCACACAAAACGCUAUGGCUUCUCUUCUGGCAGCAGAAACUGCACGGCUGCACUGAAGAAUCCCUCUUCGACAAGCACCACCACUACCACGCCCCCGACUACGACGACGACAUCGCAGGAAGAGGGCCCGCCGGCACAGCCGCGUCGUCUCUCCUCCUAUGACGACUUGGGCUCCGACUACGUCUAUGGGUCUUUGAUGCACAUGCCCAUGUUCGAGUGGCACGACCAGGAAAGCGAGAGGCGACGCGAGCAGAAGGGGGAGAGCUGCCGCAUCCACGGCCACUUCGAUGUGAACAGGGUUCCUGGCAACUUUCACAUCGGCACUCAUGGCGCCUCCGUUCCGUCGUAUUUGACAUUCUACGAUGAGCCGUCCCCUCCACAGCAGAAUAUGCGGCACACCAUCCACAAGCUGGCAUUUGUGGACACAGUGGAAAACUUCUUCGUGGAUCUGAAGCAGCCCAUUGACA